AUGUACUCCAAACGUAUCAACGUCGGUUUGGUUGGGUUGGUGUGGCUAGCCUGUGUGAUGCUGGGUGUUGAAGCGAUCUCAACAUCCAAUUGCACCGUCACAAGCUUUGACGAAGCCUUGCAGGAAUGUGCCACCCAGUUCGGUAUACCACAGGAACGACUCGAGAAGGAGUACAAGCUGCUGCUCUAUCCAGCCGAUCGGGACAGUAUGUGUUUGGUGAGGUGUAUAGGCGUUCUGUUGCGCUUUUGGAAUGAUACGACCGGACUGCGGGAGUCCACGAUCCGCCAGUACUAUCAACCUGCGCCGGAAGAUCAUUGCUACCAGAACCGGACUCAGAUGUGUUUGGAUGCAUUGGAACCCACGGUUACUGAUGUCUGCGAACGAGCACAUCGAUCGUUCCUCUGCUAUCAUCAGCAGUACGGCUAUCUGAAGCGUGAGGAUCGCUACAUUCCCAAAACAGCGCUGGAGAUGAAACAAAUCCAGCAGGAUUGUUUGGAUGUGUUUGGACUAUCGCCGAGACGGCUGGACCAGUAUCAGGAGGGACAUUUUCCGGAUGAUCCUGAAACGCAAUGUUUUGUACGGUGCGUCGGACUAAGGACGGGACUCUACAGCGAUCGGGACGGGCCGAAUGUGGAACGGUUGUAUAUACAGUGUGACUCGUGUGCUGAUGAGGCCGUGUUUCGGGAGCGUGCCAACGAGUGUAUUGCAGCACAGCGAAGACACAAGUUGAGCAAAUGUACGGCAGCUUACAGGACACUUUAUCAAUGUUUCCGAGACGAUCAGCUUGAUCUGUACGCAAGCAUUACGACUGCUGCGGUCCCUACUGCCGGGGGUUAUAAAAGUACGACUACAACCAAAAAACCUCCGAAGGUGAUACCGGCACUUUCGGCAAGGGAAACUGAAGAGCGACAGUAUCAUUUGGUGCCGUCACAGUUUGAGAUCAUUCUCAAGAGUCUUUACAAUAGAAAUUAUUAA